AUGACCGCCGUCACAAGCAUAUGGAGUGGCUUCUCACUCCGUGCACGCAUUGCAGUCGCAUUCAUCACGCUUCUCCCGCUCUAUUAUGCCUCCUUCCAAUUCCGAUAUCACGGUAGCGCCCCGAGCUUCAUGACGAAUCUUCGCCCUCUGAAGGAAAUCCCGCAACAAGUCUUCGUCGAAACCGCUCUGCAGCACCAAGUCUCGGAUCCCUUCGACAUCGACCCACUCCGCGAACUAUGUCAGAAUCGCAAACCGAGAAACGAUAUCAUCAUCAGCUGCGCUCCCGGGACCGGAGGAGUUGGCAACAUCCGCAGCUAUAUGCUCCACUGCACGCGCUUCGCCAUGGAAGCAGGCGCCUCCAUGCUCCUCCCCCAUUUCCACCGUCGGUCCAAGAGCGAUCUGUUCGAAUUGUUCGGCGACGUGGCGGAUUUCGAACACUUCUUUGAUCGCGAGCACUUCGUCACGACCAUGCAGAGUGCCUGUCCGCAUAUGCAGAUCCUCGACAGCCCCGAAGAGGAUUGGAGUAAUGCGAACACGGAAAUCCCCCACUGGGGCCUCGCCCUCAACGUUUCCACCCAGUUGCACCCGAGCCCCUGGAGGCGGGAAUUCGACGCCUGGUUCGAGGAGAACUUCGCGCAAGUCCCGAAACCCGUCCUCCUCACCUCGGGGGACCCAGGGCGCGAUCGAGCGGUCAUGGACGACGGGAUGGGCGUCUACUACACCAUCGGCCGCGUUUUGGAAUUCCGCCCGGACGCGCGGCGCUUGGCCAUGCUCUGCGUCGAGGCCCUCUCCCGCCGCUUCCACCUCGCCAUCGACCCGACGCGCAACAUCUACCCCCACUCCUACAUGGGCGCACACCUCCGGCUCGACAGCGACGCCGUCAAAGCCGGCUGGCCCGUCGAUUUCGAGCAGCAGACGGACUGGUACAUCAACCAGACCCUCACGCACGACCUGCGCACCAUCUACGCCGCGGGCGGCACGGAUUCCGACCUCGCGCGCUUCGCCGCCAAAGCGAAGAACUUCCAGAUCGACGUGGUCUCCAAGCACGAACUCCUGCUUGGGAACGAGUUGAAAGAAUUGAAGAAUCUCCUGUGGGAUCAGCGCGGGCUGGUGGAUUUCGAAGUCUUGUUGCGGGGGAGUCAGUAUGGGGGUUACGCGAGGAGUAGUUUCAGUCAUAAUAUCGCUUUCCGCAGGCGGUACAAUAGCUUCAUGAAGGAUGGUGGUGGCGGUGGGGAGGGUGCCAGGGAUCCGUUUUUGGAAAGCGUGGAGAAUCAUUAUCAGGAUGAGCUGUCGGUUGUUUAUGGGCGGUUUGAUGCCGCUUGGGAGGAUGAGGGCGUGCGGACCAUGUGGCCUUGA